AUGAGUUUCGCGCUACGUUCAACAUCAAGUUCAUUUCAUAAUAAUGAACGUUUAAAACGAAAACGUCUUACAACGUCAACAUUAAACAGAUUUGCAUCAUUCAACGAAAAUAAAUCUUCAUCAGCUGAAAAUCGUCGUCGAUCAUUUCAAUUAACAGCAAAUUUAAUUGAAUUACUUGAAGACGAAGAAGACGAUAUUGACGAUAUUCAAGGAGUAUGCCACGAAUGUAACAUAUGUUCGAAAUUAUUUGCUAGUGAAUACGGUGUUAAUCAUCAUAUGAACAUGCAUCAUCCAAGUCAAUCAGUAUUAUGUUCACAUUGUCAUAUUACAUUUCGAUCACAUCGUUCACUUAAAACUCAUCAACAGCGACGUCAUUCAUCAAUACAAAACAAAUCAAACUUUAAAAACAAUCCAUCAUUACCUAAUUAUAGUUAUUUAUCAUCGUAUCUUGUUUUAGCGUUUUCAUCAAAACAAUUUCCAUUGAUAGCUAAAAAUGCUUGUGAACAACAACGCUUACCAUUAAGUUCUUUAUCAUCAAAAUUAUAUCCAUGUCAUUUAUGUUCUAUAUCUUUUCCAUGUGCACGUACAUUGAAAUAUCAUUUAUUAAAUAAACAUGAACAAUAUGAAUAUGAACAUUGUGAAAAAGUUCUUUCGGAUAUUAUUGUACAAGUUGAAUUUAAUCUGCGAACAGUAAAUGAUAAUAAUAAUAAUAAUAAUAAAAAUGAUGAUGACGAAAAUGAUAUUGAAGAAAUAAAAUUAAUCUUAUCUCAACAAGCAUCGAGCUUUGGUCUUAUUGAUAAACAGUUAUCGAAAAAAUUUCGUACUAUGAAAACAGAACAAAAUCAUCUCAUUUUUCCAAAGUGUCAACAUGAAAAUCGUACAUGUGCUAAUCUAUGUUUAAAAUAUCUUUCAUCAUAUAGUGAACUUAUAAAAAAUUAUCCGUAUGCAACUGCUAAAAUACCGAAAGGAAAUCCAUUUAGUCAAGGUUCAAUUGUAUCGAUAAUUACAUCACUGAAUAAUAUUUAUUCACAUGAAGCAUUGCCGAUAAAUGAUGCAAAUACAUCAAACGAUUUAUCUAAUGGCCGUCAAAAACGUAAAAGUAACAAAAAUACAGAUAAUUCUUUACCAUCGUCAUCAUCAUCAUCAUCGCCGUUAAAGAAAAAAAUUAACUCAAAUUUGACAAUAACAAAUUCUAAAUCAAACCGAAAUAAUUCAAAUAAUAAAUUGACUAUUAAGCAACAAGUCAAUCAAACGACAAAGAUAAAUGACGCAAAAAUUAAUUCCAUGGAACAGCCAUCGUUAACUACGGCUAUCACAUCUGCAUCAAGUGUACCAAGAAAAAUAUUACCAAAAGAUAAUUAUAUGCAUACAGCAUCCCUAUCAAGUAAUUCAUCAACAUCGACUCGAUCAUCAGCUACAAAGCUAUCAUCAUCGUCGGCACAGUUAACUCAAAGAACAACAAUCUCUUCACAGCGUUCAUCAAAGCGUAGUCUAUCACCAUCAGUAGCUAUUGCAACCGAAAACUUUCCACAGAAACGUCAUCAUACACGUCAACAGAAGCAAAACAUGAUAUUAUCAGCUUCUACAACCGUGAUCAAAAUAGAUGAUGAAGGAAAUGAUAUUGAACAAGAAAAUGGUGAUGAUGACGAUGACGAUGUAGUAGCGAUAGAAGUAGAAGACGUUCAACAACAGCAUCAAAAUAAACAACGACAUACAUCAGGUGGUUCAAUUGAAUAUGUGCACGCAUUAAAUAAUGAUCAGCAGUCAACGUCAGCGUCAUUAAAUAAUAUUGAAAAUCUAAAAUCAAAAUCUAAAAUACAUGACGAAGACAUUAUUAUAUGUCGAUCACCACCAUCUGCUCGGAAACCUAUAUCUUCUUCGAAUAAAAAAUCAUCAUCUGUAAACGGAAAUGGUACAAGAAAAUCAAGCAGUCAACAGUCACCACCGAGUGAUGAACAUGUUCGAGUUCGUUGCAAAAUAUGUGGUGAAAUACUUGAAGGUCGAAGUCGUUUUUCACAACACGUCAUAAAUAUGCAUUCAAAUCUUCUGAAGAAGAAUAUAACCGAAUCAAAACAACAAACUGCUGUAGUUCGGUGA